AUGGCGCCAUUCACCUGCAGAGUUGUCGAUUCCCAUGUGGUGGGAGUUCCAGGCGUUCAUGUCAUGCUCGAUUGCCGGGACCAACAACAUCGCGCCAUUGCACGUUUCGAAUCCGUAACUGAUGAAGACGGCGGCAUCAGCUUUUGGUUCCCACUUCCAUCAAUUGGGGAGGCGGGUGAAAUCGAACCUGAGGUUGUGGAUACCUUGGUGGUACCUCGUAUCACUCUGAAGUUCUUGCCGGGCAACUUUCGUCACACGGGAGUUGGAGGUGGUCCUUGGCUCAGCAUCGUCACUGAUCUCUACUUGGCGGGUAAAUCUGACCACGGGGUCAUCCUCCAUCUGGAAGACAGCCCGCGCUUAGAGCAUACGCUUUACCCAGUCUCUGGUCCGGUCAGUUUGUCCAUGCCUAAGGCGAGUUUGCCGCCACUUGCCGCUCUCUCACGAAGCCCUUCGCCCCUCAGGCUCCCACCUCAAGUAUCGGCGGAUUCCGACAAAGCCAGCCUAUUACGCCUGAAAGGAGAAGACAACCAUGGAAAAACUCGUUCGCGAAAGAGGACAUUGGAGCGGGAGCAACUGGGACGAAACACUCGGGCGAAGUUCCUGGAGGGUGGGGCGGAGGCUAUACAAUUGUAG